CAAAUAAUCAAAUAAGGCGUACUAAGGAAAUGAAUCAAAUGCGUAGCGAUUUAGGACAAAAUCUAUAAAUAAGUACUAAAAUAAUAAUUUAUGAAAUUAUCUAAUAUUCUAUUCAUGGCAUAAAAAAUAAAUUAUUAUAUUCCGACAUAAGAAAAAAUACUUAAAAUAAGAAGAUUUAUUCAAAUGAAAACAUUCAUUUAACCUUUCAAAAAUGUUUCAAAGAUGUGGAAGCCUAUGUUUAAAUAAUUUGAAGUUGCAAUCACAUAUAUCUUCAAGAUAUGUGAGUAUAUUAUCAAAAACAGAAGCGAAGAAAAGAAGAAAUGAGCUCUUCGAUGAACAGAAAAGAAUUCAACGAGCUGCUAUUGGUAGAAUAGAAAAAAUUGAAAUUAAAUAUCAAUCACCUAUAGAGGAAGUUGUUUUAGUUAUGAAUAAAGAUAUCUCAACUCCUCAUGAUUGCGCGAAACAUAUUUCUGAAGGUAUUACUAAUGUAUCUGCUUUAGCAUUAGUUGAUGGAAAUCCAUGGGAUAUGCAUAAACCUUUGACAUCUAAUUGCAACUUAGAACUUUUGAGCAUGUUGACUCCAAAGAUAAGUACAGUGAAUUAUGCUUUUUGGCGAACUUGCUCUUUUAUCUUGGGUGCUAUAGCAGAUACUGCUUUUAAAGAUGACAUAACAGUACAUUUACACAGUUUUCCAACACCUGUAAUAAAAUCUGGAAGUUUUGUACAUGAUGUAUUUAUUGAUUUACAUGAUUGGAAACCAUCGGAGGCAGAGUUAAAAGCAAUGUCUGCUUUAUUUGUAAAACUUAUAAAUAGUGGGUUACCUGUAGAAAGACUAGAAACAACAGAAAAUAUUGCUAAAGAAAUGUUUCAUGAAAAUCCGUUUAAAUUUAGACAAAUACCUGAUAUUGCUGCUCAUAGUAUUGAUAAUAAAAUUACUCUUUAUAGAAUAGGAGAUCAUAUAGAUAUUAGUAAAGGUCCAAUGAUAAGUAAUACAAAUAUAAUAGGACGUUGUACUGUUGCUGCCGUUCAUAAAUUAAUGUCAGACGAUGACGAAAUUAUUUAUCGUUUUCAAGGAAUCGCUAUUCCUAAAGGUAUCCUCCUCAAUCAUUUCGCAUAUAGUAUAUUAGAAGAUCGUGCUAAAAAACUAAAUGAUAUAAUGUGGCAACCACAGAAAAAUUUGGAAGAAGAUUUUGCAGAAAAUAUACAAUUAGGUAUUAAAAAUUAGAAAGUUGGAAAGUAUUGUAUAAAUGCAUAUAAACUUUAUAAAUUGUAA